AUGGGUGAAGGAGAACAAGGGAAGAAGCAAACAGAAGAAAAACAUGGAAUUGUACAAGUUAACCCAAAUCCCAACAAAGGGUUUACUUCCAAAGCAAUUGAUUUGUUAGAAAAAUUGAUUGUCAAAUUGAUGCAUGAUCCUACUAAACCUCUCCAUUAUCUUUCUGGCAAUUUUGCUCCUGUUCUUCAGGAAACUCCUCCUGCUAAGGAUUUACCUGUUCAUGGUCAUCUUCCUGAAUGCUUGAAUGGAGAGUUUGUCAGGGUCGGACCCAAUCCAAAGUUUGCUCCUGUGGCUGGAUAUCACUGGUUUGAUGGAGAUGGCAUGAUUCAUGGAUUGCACAUUAAAGAUGGGAAAGCAACCUAUGUCUCCCGCUAUGUUAAGACAUCAAGGCUGAAACAAGAAGAGUUCUUUGAAGGGGCAAAAUUUAUGAAGAUUGGAGAUCUUAAGGGGCUUUUUGGAUUACUUACAGUCAAUUUGCAAAUGCUCAGGGCCAAGCUGAAAGUACUAGAUAUGUCAUAUGGAAAUGGGACAGCUAAUACUGCUCUUAUAUAUCACCAUGGGAAGCUGCUGGCACUUUCUGAGGCAGAUAAACCAUAUGCUAUUCGUGUUUUGGAAGAUGGGGAUCUUCAAACCCUUGGAAUGCUUGACUAUGAUAAAAGGUUGACCCACUCAUUUACAGCUCAUCCAAAGGUUGACCCUUCCACAGGGGAGAUGUUUACAUUUGGCUACUCUCAUCAACCACCAUAUAUCACAUACAGAGUAAUAUCGAAGGAUGGAUACAUGCAUGACCCUGUACCAAUAACAAUCCCUGCGCCUAUCAUGAUGCAUGAUUUUGCGAUCACUGAGAACUAUGCUAUUAUCAUGGAUCUUCCUUUACACUUUAGACCUAAGGAUAUGGUGAAGGAAAAGAAACUAAUUUUCACUUUUGACUCAACAUUAAAGGCUCGCUUCGGUGUACUACCACGAUAUGCUAAGAAUGAGAGUUUAAUCAAAUGGUUUGAACUGCCAAAUUGUUUCAUUUUCCAUAAUGCCAAUGCGUGGGAAGAAGGAGAUGAGGUGGUUUUAAUCACUUGUCGCAUUGAGAAUCCAGAUUUGGAUAUGGUCAGUGGAGCUGCUGAAGAUCGGGUUGAAGAUUUUUCUAAUCAGCUGUAUGAGAUGAGAUUUAAUAUGAAAUCUGGUCUUGCGUCUCAAAAAGAACUAUCAGCACCUGCCGUGGAUUUUCCUAGAGUUAAUGAGUACUACACUGGGAGGAGACAGAGAUAUGUUUAUGGUACCAUAUUGGGCAGCAUUGCGAAAGUACAAGGGAUAGUCAAAUUUGACUUGCAUGCUGAACCAGAUUCCAGCAAAAAAAAGCUUGAAGUUGGAGGAACUGUGCAAGGUAUCUUUGACCUUGGUCCUGGAAGAUUUGGAUCAGAGGCCAUUUUUGUUCCUCGUGAACCAGGUACCAACGGUGAAGAGGAUGAUGGAUAUCUUAUCUUCUUUGUGCAUGACGAAAACACUGGGAAAUCAUCCGUGAAUGUAAUUGAUGCAAAAACAAUGUCAGCUGAUCCUGUUGCAGUUGUUGAAUUGCCUAAUAGAGUUCCCUAUGGGUUUCAUGCUUUCUUUGUGACUGAGGAACAACUUAAAGAACAAGUUGCAUUUUAGUUGGAGUUAUUGCUGCAGUCAAUGAAUCCAAAUGCGAUAAACGGGUGCAAGGGAAACAUAUGUAGAGUAAUACUUUGUAAUUGGUACUAUGUUGUUGUAAUAUUAUAUGCAUAACACCAAACAAAAUGCAUAGUACAAUGUAUAUUGUAAGCUUCAGUAUAUACAUGUGUAACAAAUCAUUGAUACAUUCCAAGCUAUAUCAAUUAUAUAUAUGAAAGUUCACAUUCAAGUUGA